ACACAUUCAAAAUACUGAGACCAAUUCAUCUUAUAAUUCAUCUUCUGAUAUGUCUAAUGAAAAUAUCAUCCAUACAGCGUAUUCAAAACAUGUGCAUAAGAAACUGAAGGAUGCAGAUAAAGAUCUCCACAAACUGCUGGAGGAUUACGAAUUGGUAAAAAUAAAAGAAGCAUUCGACCAAGAAGAUGGACAAAGAAUGAACAAACAACAGCUGAAAGAAGUACUGGAGAGACUGGCCAAAAUCGAUUACCCCGAAGAAAAAUUCAACAUGAUAUUCAUGCGGAUGGAUGCCCAAUGUAAUGGUGUUGUGACUUGGGAUGAAUUCAUCUCCUACCUCAUCCUCGGCUACGAGCAGCAAGAAGUCAGCCUCGAAUUCAAAACCCUAGACGACGCAAUACCACAGCCCCCUACCAUGAUCAAGAGCAACCACAGACAUCCCAUCAACCGAAUCACAUUCUACCCCACCGUCAAACCAGAUAGAUCCAGCACCUGGCACGACGGUAGCAUCAUGACCUGCAGCCACGAUGGUACCAUCAACUACUGGUCUUUGGACAUGCAGCUGGAAAGAACUGUUCAAUCAACUUGCCCUGAGCUGAAAAUUCAGAACACGUGGGUCACUGAUAUGGCUGUUUUACCAGAUGUAAGCGUCAUUUGUACCUCUAGCACAGAGAGAGACUUGAGAUUCUAUGAUACUUCAGCUAGGAAAUUCGAGCUGAGAGUCAUGAUUACUUCCCUACCCGAUGCAAUCUCCGCUAUGCACUAUGUCUUCGACACAGAUAUUACCACUCCUUCUAAGCUAAUGCUGGGAGACAUGGGGGGUAAUGUGAGGAUUUUAUUUAUCCAGACUGAGGCACGAGGUCCUUUUCGCAGCCAACCAGGAAUACCCUUACGACAAGUCAGGUACGACAGGGUGUGCAAAGGAGGUGUACCAGCGAUGACGAUCUCAGAGUUUCCCAACAUUCACAAGGACUUUAUUCGGCAGAUCGCUUACUAUCCUACCUUGAAGAGUGUCGUGACCUGUGCACAGUGUUCUAAAGGGUUCCAGAUGACGGAUAUCACGGAUCCUAGUAAAGUGUACGUGUACAAAGUUGUGGCUGGGGUUUGGUGCUUCGCGCUACAACAAGGUUGUCACGUUGUUGCUACAGGGGGACCUGAUUGUUUGGUCAGAAUUUGGAAUCCGUUUGUGCCUACGAGACCCAUAUGCACCUUCUAUGGACAUCACACAGGCAUAGUGAGAAUGGUGUUCCAAGACGGUGCUCAGAAACUGUACAGUCUCUCCAAAGAUAAGUGCAUCAAAGUGUGGGACAUUGGUCUUCAAUCGCUCCUGCAGACUUAUCUGGAGCUACCUUCGCAGCUGGGUGAAAGAAGCGAUAUCACCACGUUGUAUAACCCAGAAAGCAGGCAGUGGAUCAUUGGGAGUGUCAUGAUAGCAGUGUUGCCACUUAGCCCUAAACAUAGCUCUGAACAUACUGAUGGUAACACCCAUACCAGUGGGGUAUCUGUGGUUCUGUACAACAAGCUAUUCAAGUGUAUAGUAUCCUGUGGCUUAGACAGCUACAUCAUUGUUUGGGACCCUUGGAAUGGUAGAAGGCUUUUGGUUAUCAAAGAAGCACACACAGUCAUGCUGCAUGGUGAAAUAAUGCCUGUAGAGAUAACAGCUGCUACAUUCGAUCCUGGUUACCAACGCUUACUCACAGGUGCUCAUGAUGGUACUCUGAAGAUUUGGAACUUCAACACGGGAACCUGUCUUCGUAACAUGAACAUCGAGAAGUGGUCUGAGGUGCAGUCUGUCAUUUGGGUGAAAAGUAGAAUCAUGGCAAUCGGUUGGAAUCGAAGAGUCACCGAGUUUGCUGAUGCCGGAGAAGCAGUGGGACCUGGAGGUGCUUUCAGUAAAAAUUGGGACCUUCGUCAUACUGAAGACAUAAGUGCAGCAGCAGUACGAGUCCCAGAAACUCUGGCUACCACUUCCUAUGUGGGAGAGUUGAUCUUGUGGAGAUUGGAAACUGGUCAACCGUACAAGAAGUUCAACGUUUCUAAUCCCACAGCUAGAAUAAAAAUCCACUACCAGCUGACGAAGAGCAAGGAUAAACAGAAGGAAGAGAUCAUUUUAGCCAGGAGGAGAGCUUCUCAAACUAAACAAGUAUCGUCUUCAAUAGCAUCACAUCUUUCUUUUGACUCCAUGCUAUCAGGUCCUGGUAGACAUAGUUCUGCUCCCAAAACACCAAGAGACAGAAGAGUGUCCACGGUUGCUAUGCCUGAUGAGUGCUUUCACCUCAGGAAACUGGCAGUGCAUUGCUUGCUGUUUCUGAACGCGAGAAAAAGCGAUCCAGAAGUGGGAACGCUGCUGGUCGCUCUAGAAAAUGGGGUCAUCCAGGUCUGGAAUCAUCACAUAGCUGGAGGUUUCAUCACUUCCUUUUAUGCCAUCCACAAAGCCGGUGAUUAUGUUAUUUCGAUGAGCACUGACGAAAAAAACGAGUUUCUAUUUAUUGGCACUUCAGUUGGUUAUAUAAAAACCUGGCUGUUGAAAAAUUACUGUGUGUUGCCCGAGGAUGAAGAGUAUAUUUGCCUUCCAAAGUAUAGAUUGAUGUUUCCCUUCAUGUGGGGUGAUAGGUUCGUAGGAAGAGCUAGAAGAAUGGUGACGAAUCAACCCAAACCGAUACUAUUGAAUAGCUACAAAGGACACUUUAUGCCCGUUUCUGGAUUGACCUAUAUUGACGAGUGUCAAAUAGUCAUAAGUUGCAGUGCUGAUUACAGCGUGAGGAUGUGGACUUUGGGUGGUCGAUAUAUCCAGACAAUCGGAACUUUCAAACCUUGGAAGACUAUUUCUGAAAAUCACCCAAUAGAUCCAGAGGGGUUUGAGUAUGCUAUACCGGCUGAUAUUAAAAGAGUGGCCAGUUCAACUACCUUGAGGGUUUUGUGCGGUGGAUCCUUUCCGAAGAGGUUGACAAUAAAGCAGUUAAAGAAACAGGCUGAAAAAGACAAGAUUCACAUCGACCAGAGUAAAAUAUAUGGGAAAUCAUUGAUCAGUCCUAUACUUGGAAAUCAUUAUGCAAUACCUGAACGAACGACGAAUCCUGUGGACAUCAAAUUUGACACAUCGUUUCCUUAUAUUCCUGUUUAUCAGCAUUUGAUCAUGCCACCACCAGUUGAAAUCAAAGAAGAAACAGGAAAUUCUUCAAUGGACCCAUGACUCAGUUUGAAUGGUUAUUUAAGUGGAAGAGAUAUCUUUACUACUUCCAUUAUAUUAUACAAUAGGAAUAUGUACUUUUAUGAACGUGAAUCCUGAUAG